AGGGUAGAUUAGGUUUGGUACAAGGGGAUUCAUCCAUGAGAAUUACUGUGAAGUUUUGACAAAGCUCAGCUCCGCACUUGGCCUCUCAUCGGGUGGUUAGGGUUCGGAGCAUUGUUUGUGAUGUCAAGUAGUGGGAGAAGCAGCGCUCUCCAGCACGCGGCAAGGUUGAGUGACCUUGACUGGCUAUCACCGAGAGAGAGAGAGAGAGAGAGAGAGAGAGAGAGAGAGAGAGAGAGAGAGCAAGCACACAAUAACAAUGAAAAUCCUGCUUAGUGAGGGUGAUGUUUUCUGGAUUUCCUGGUACAUGUUUCCUUCCCUCCCUCCUUCAUUACAGUAAUAGCCAUUAUCACGUGCUUCCUUCCUCCCGCAUUUACCCUUCCCCGCCCUUCCCGCCCGCCCUUGUUCAUCCUGGUGCGACUCUUUACGAUCCACAGCCCAGGAUGAUGAACUUCACUUUAUUACUGUUGCCGGUGGUGGUGGUGGAGGUGGACGUUUUUUCAGUUGUUUCGUAAUAACAAAGCUCCACUGCCUGACAUGUUUCCAGCCGCCAGCUCGUGACUCGGGUAUUACGUUACUUUUGCAACACGACCGCCGCGAACACAAACCAGCAAACCAAUUUCUCGUCUGAGUUAGGUUGGCGGCACCGAGAUUAUUGUCUGGCGCCUUCAUGUCACACGCGCGCCUUACACACGGACUCAGAAACCCCACGUGUGGCUUGUAAACUGGUAAUAAUAAUGGCAGAAGUGAAAACAUAAAUUACGGUGUAGCAGGAAAUUAUGUGAAAACAAUGGCGCACGCACUACAUUAUUUGUUUUGUUUUUUUUUCCGCGAACGUGUUGUGCACCGAGCACCAACUAGCAUGUUCUAGUAUGACCAUGCUAAGGCUACAGUGUUCUGAUGAUCGUACGAUCCAGUAAUCACACUGACAAUACUUUUUGUCCCUACAACGAUAUACGUAUUCGUGGUUUUGCCGCAGUCUUAACAACAUCGGCGAUCCAAAACAACAGCCGCGCCACUUUACUUCUUCGCGUCCAGAGGGUGUCAGGCUACACUGGAGACGCAAAAACAAGGCUUGUGGUGUCUGAAGCGUUUAGUGUAAUAUGAGUGACCACAUAGCACAUCACUUAAUGCUUGUGAUUGCAGUAACUGAGUGCACCGUUUUGCUUGGCUCAUGUUCACUGGCGUGGCGUGGAUGCAGCAGUGCAGCUGUCACGCCUGGCGGGGCUGUACCUCACUGGCGCAGCGCUCCUCGAGCGAUGACUGCAUGUGGUCGAACAUUUGUUCAUAUAAAACAUACAGUAAAGCGUGCAGUCAUAUUUUGCAUUGAUUGGUUGUUAUGGAAAUGUUACCUGACUACUAUAGUUGUGAACACGGUAACAUACGAGGUAAAAUACGAGGAAGGAGGCGGGGUGGCGUUGAGGACACGAGGUGGGAACACUUGCUGUGAGGAACGGGAGAAUAUUGAUUGGCUUCCCGGAAUAUUGCUUCCUGGUGCUGCCAUGGCCACGAAAGGUCACUGAGGGAAGAGUGGUCUUAUCAUCAGUACUAAAAUAACUAGCAUGUCCCGCCUCGCCUGGUAGUGUGUGGUGGUACCUUCACCCGUGGCUUGGUUCUUGAUGUAAUUUAAAGUCGCCAUUGUGUAGCCCACCGCCCCACCAAGUAUUAACAGAAAUCUUAGGACUCUAGUAGACUUUUCUUGAUGAUGAAUGCACCAGUUCAUACUACUCUUAACAAUUGAUUGAACAAAAGCUAUGGUUGGUUUUUGUUUGAAAUCAGACCCAGUAUCAACACACAAGACCACAACACCUUAGUUUGUGGAUUAUGCUCAAAUGUUUUCUGCCCUGCCCUGCACUGUCUGCAUGCUGGUGUCAGGAUUUAUGGGUAAAAUUUCGGUACAAUUUUAACACACCGCCAAUACUUCUUUGUGAACUUCCGGCGAGGAGUGUUUAAAAUGUGCCCGCGUAAUUUGUAUGGAGGCGUCGCAUUACAAUAUUAUGGAAGCACUGCUGUUUUAUGCAUGAAUUAAAUGGGAGUGCCUUCAGAAUUUGGUGUUGGACAUAAAUUAAGUGGUUUUGUUGCUCGACUUACCGCAUAUUUUAGCGUGUUGUGUGUUGAACUCAAGGCGGCGAACGAGUGGCAGUCAGCUGAGUGGCCGACUCCCCCCUCUCCUUUGUCUCUCUCUCUCUCUCUCUCUGCCCAAACGCACGGACAUGGCAGCCCUCCCUUUUGCCUUCGAUAUUCACACGGGCGCGCCACGACGCUGUCAUGGGAUGUGUAGAGUGUUGAGCCCUGUGUGGCGUGUCAGCCUAUGCCCUGGCAUACUGGUGGGUGUGUGAGGCAAGGAGUGGAGUGAGGCGAGGCGGCGGUGGCAAGAUGACGCUCGGGAAGAUAAAGGUGUAUUGACUAUGGGUGUUGAGGUUACUUCUCUGAGCCAUUCCGGGACAGCCUGUUUGUCAUGACGCGUGUCAUAACUUCACGACAGCACUGUUUGUGGGGGUGAGGAAGGGCAAGGAUGACAACGAUGGUGAUGGAGCAAAUACAAUCAGCAGUAGUGGUAGCAGUGUUGACAGCAGCAGCAGCUGCUGCACCGACCACCACCUUCCUGUCUGUGGCUCGGGACAUGGUGCCACCUGCCUCAGCCACUUCCAACAACACCGUGUCAGCCAGUAGCAUUUCUGAGUGCGGCCAGCUGUGUUUUGCUGCGACAACUGAGUACUGCUUGGCCUUUGUGUGGCGUCCAGGUGUUUCCCCUCAGGCUCUGGUGACUCCCUCCAACAAGAGCAGCAAUCUGAGGAGAAGUGUGAGCAGUGAGGGCAGGUGUGAGCUUCUGGCCUGCCUGCCGCACCCUGCCUCCCUCCUUCCCUUGCCUGGCGGUCACCUGUUUGUGGUCAAGACUGGCGACUCGACUGUACCUCCCCCGACCUUCACCCCAACACUAGUGCCCAGCAGCUACUCCAUGGCCUGCACCUUUGCGUACCGGGUGUUUGCCGCCCCUCAGCUGGGUUACUGGCAGGCCAACAGGAAGUGUUCACAGGACGGAGCAAGGCUGAUUGUGUUCAAGAGUCCCGAAGAGGAGGAGAUUGUGAGUGAGGCUGUCAAUCCCACUGAGCCUUACUGGAUUGGGCUGACAGACCGCCAGACAGAAGGGGUGUGGCGCUGGGCUGAUCGGAGCAAGUUGACCUACAGUAAUUGGGACAGUGGUCAGCCCAACAACUACAUGCGUGGAAACAAGGACCAGGAUUGUGUGAUGCUGUUCAAUGGUCACUGGAAUGACCACCAGUGUCAGGAUGCCCUGCGUUUCAUCUGCCAGGUGCCGCUGCUGUACCGCUGAUGCCGUGCUGCUCCCUCUCGCCUACGAGUGGUGAUGGUGGUUGUGGCGGCACAUACAGGAGCCAGCAUCCUACAGGACUGCAUAGGAUACAAGUGACACCACCAGGCUACACUCAAUCUCACAGCAGGUGUGUUCGCUGCCUGGCUGUGUAACAUGCCCACUGAUGGGUACAGUCCCCACUACUGCAGCUAAUGGUAAGCAGCAGUGGUCCCUCCCUCCCCUCAAACAUCCCAGUGUUGUAUUUAUCCCUCCUGAGUGUUUUACACAAGUUACAUUCUACUGAUAUGCUUGCAUGCAUUUUGGAUAUGCACUUGUAUUACAUGCUUAAUGUUCAGAGUGAACUCAAUUUGCUGGGGCAUUGUGUACCCAGUGGGGUCAGUAUUUUCUUGACACAUUUUUGCCCUUAGUAUAUAUCUGCCUGCCAUCUCUUGGGUGUGGCUUCAAAACAGGAAAGUUUUGUGUGGCCUGUCUUGUACAGUGCUGCUGAAAUGGAAGAUCAAGAUGGACAAUUCCCCCCCACCACUCUCUCUCUCUCUCUCUCUCUCUCUCUCUCUCUCUCUCUCUCUCUCUCUCUCUCUCUCUCUCUCUCUCUCUCUCUCUCUCUCUCUUUCCACCACAGCCCACAGGACCCAGGUUAUGUCCCCCACAGUAUGUUUACAUACCACAGGCAACAACACACCAGGGCUUUCAACCCCCCCCUGCUCCUGGAUCCACACACACACACACACACACACACACACACACACACACACACACACACACACACACACAGGGAUCCUCAUACACAAUUUAUCUUCAUCACUUCAAACACACUUGUUACACACAUUACUGGCCACACACCAAGCCCAAUUUCCAAUUCAAUACCAGUGUCAUGAAAAAUUAUUUGUAAACAGGAGUGCUAGUGAGUAUCCAUUGUGUUUAGGAUGCUACUUGUGAUUGCCUUAGCUUUGUGUAUCAUUGAGAUCAAUAACAACAAUAAAGGUCUUGAAGACA